AUGUCCGAGAACCGGGAGGCGGCCAUCCGCGAUGCUAAGGGCUUCGUACGUCGCGUAGUUCGAACGGACUGGGAGUAUCCGACUCUAGCGGAUGGCUUACAUCCAGGAUCUGCGUCAUCCGGUGAAUCGACCCUCGCCCUGGUUGAAGAUCGUACGGUCCAAGAAUGGCGCCUCCGAGAAGUCGACAGCUCUGGUUCUGAACUUGAGCCCCAAUCCUCCGAUCACGAUCCUGACGCCGAUUCACCCCAUGCAGAGCCCACCGGCGACCCCGCGCAUGACUUGCGUCGCAAGAGACGCCGCCAGAUGAAGGAAGAAAUGGAAUGGAACGAAGGACUCCGCAUGUGGAUGGCUCGACGUGACGCGUGGUCGGGAGCUCGAACCCGGCGUCAAGUUCUUUCCAAAGAAGGGAAACGCCAGUCCUCCGUCACUCGUGAACCCCCUGUGCGCCCCAGCGCGCACAUUGAAGAUUCUGCGCUAGAGAGUGCUGGCGACGCAUCCGCCCGGGUUGUGGGUACUUCCCCACUCUCCGAUCGCCAAGCUCAACCCCAGACUGGCCGUACCGAGUCCAAUUUGACGAAGAAGACAUCGAGUUCCUUGUCCGUCUCGAACGUGUCCAAUGAAGAGCAAUCGCGCCGACAGGAUCCUGAUGAUGAGCACUCCACUGCGCCCGAAGAAGACCCCAAGGGUCAGGCGUCGACGGAGACCAGCAUCACGGAACCCGACGCACAGGCCUCUCUUUACCACGCAUUGAGCGCUGCCGAUGUGAACGAAAUAGAAGACGACGGCUCGUCAGUGGAUAUUGAUUCCAGUGAGGAAGAAGCGCUGGAUGAACGCCUUAUCCCCGUCGCGCCCCCUUUCCUGCCAUCCUCCAAUCCCAUUCGUUCCACCAUUACGCCGGCUAUCUACGCAUCCAUCUACACUAAGGUGAUCGUGCAGGGCAUGACCCCCACUAUCCCGAUCAAUUUGGCCGACCUGACGAAGGCCAUGGUCCAAGGGUGGAAGGCGGAUGGGCAGUGGCCUCCGAAGCCCGCAGUCUCCAACAUUGUCCUCGGAGACGACGCGACGGUUCCCAAGCGGAAUGAUAACCUCGGCGAUGGGCAAGCAUCUGCUCGACGCAAGAAUAGCAUCACAAGUGCUAUGCGCAAAGUCUUCCACAACCCGUUCCACCGCCGUGGCAGUACCCAGGAUUCGAGCGGACUCAACGGCAGUGGCACGGUGACUUCUCCCGGAGGCACCUCCCUCUAA